AUGACCAUCAAAUGCGACAACUGUGACGAAUUUGGACACUUGGGACGUGACUGGCCUAGACAGGAUUUUGAUGUUACGGCAAGAGAUAGAAAUAUAGUACAAAUUGAUGAAAAUUCGCUGGAAGAAAAUUUGAAUCAUAGUAUAGAACUCGAAAAAUUUACUUUUCUUGACAUCAAAAGUUUAAUAGAAUGUAAAUUCAACGAAAAUAUUGAGAACUGUAAAGUUUGUCUGAUAUUAAAGAUAAACAAAUUACCUUUUCAAACGGUUCGUGCCAGAGCACAAGCACCUUUGCAAAUAAUCCAUUCGGACGUCAUGGGAAAGAUAAGAUCAUCAACUUAUCCUAGAGGUUAUAAAUACAUAUCUUUAGUUAUUGAUGAUUAUUCGAGACUGGCCAUGGCUUAUGCCAUGAAAUUAAAAGACGAAACAGAAAAACUCAAUGAGAUUAAACAAAAGCUGAUAAAAGGAUUUGAAAUGACUGAUUUAGAAGAAACUCAAGUUGACUCUGAUGGACUGCACCCAAAAGGAACGCCAAUGAUUACUAACCAGACAGCAAAUCGCAAACAAAAGAAUAGGAAAGAAAAUGAAAAAGUAGAAGAAUUCAUUGUAAUAUUGGAAAUAUUUCAUAACGUAAAAGCUAUACGAACGUUACUGUACUUGGCAAACACCAGCCGACCCGACAUUUGCUGUACAAUAAACGUACUGAGUAAACAUCAAAACAAUCCAACAGAAAACGAAUGGAGGAUAAAACAAGUAUUUUUUUAUUGGAAAGGAACUCGAAUGCUAGGAUUGAAUUAUCUAGGAAAAUCGUACGAUUUACGAGCAUACUCUGAUGCAAGUUUUGCUGAUUGCAAGGAAUCUCGAACGACAAGUGGUUUUGUUAUCAAAUUGUUUGGUGACUCAAUCACAUGGCGAACAAAAAUUCGUUUAACAAAUUCUAUUAUGAAUGUCGAAAAAACUAAUGAAUAA